AGCAGCAACAGCAGCAGCAGUAGUAGUAAAGAGGAGCGUCAGUGAGCAGUCAGUGAACAGAGUGUCGGAGCUUCUCCACUGCUGUGGAUGAUACCGAACAGGACGCGCUCCUCCUGCGGGAUGACCAGCAGCAUGGCCGGAUGACAUGAGCUGCUCAACAACUGGUGAUGUCAUUGUCUGAUUCUCCUCUUCGUUGUGAGUUGUUUUCCAGAGGAGACCGAUGUGAACUACAUCCAGAAUAAAGUGAUGAUGGGAUGGAUGUGAAUAUGGGCCAGUGGGCAGGCAUGCGAGCCCCUUUCUACAGCCUGGCCCUGCUGCUGCCUUUGCUGCUCCUUACGUCACCACUCUGCUGCAGCCAGAGCACACAGGGGGGGCCUCAGGAUGGACCCCAUUUUGGCUUCACUCAGGCUGUCUACCGUGCCACAGUUUAUGAGAACUCAGCAGCACGCACCUAUGCCAACAGUAAAAUUAAAAUGGGCAUCCACCUGGCCCAGCGCUCGUGGGACGUCCGCUACCGGAUCACCUCAGGUGACGACGAAGGGCUGUUCAAGGCGGAGGAGUUUGUGCUGGGGGAUUUCUGCUUCUUGCGGAUAAGGACUAAAGGCGGCAACGCAGCUAUCUUGAAUCGAGAGAUCCAGGAUAAUUACGUGUUGACUGUUAAAGCCUCUGUCAAAGGAGAGGCUUUCCUAGAGACCUGGACUAAAGUCAGCAUCCAGGUUCUGGAUAUGAAUGACCUCCGUCCGUUGUUCUCACCGACCACUUACUCCGUGACCAUAGCGGAGAGCACACCUCUCAGGACUAGUAUAGCACAAGUAACUGCCACGGAUGCAGACAUUGGCUCCAACGGGGAGUUUUACUACUUUUUUAAGGAGAAAAUGGAGCUGUUUGCAGUGCACCCCACCAGUGGAGUAGUUUCACUGAGCGGGAAGCUAAACGUGGAUGAGCAGAGUCGCUAUGACUUGGAAAUCCUGGCAGUGGACCGUGGCAUGAAGCUCUACGGAAAUAAUGGGGUCAGCAGCACAGCCAAGCUUUUUGUUCAUGUAGAGCGCGUGAAUGAGCACGCCCCAGUGAUGAAUGUUGUCACUCUGAGCCCAUCGUGGCUUGAUAAAAACCCUGUCUAUGCUGUGGUCACCGUUACCGACCUCGACGAGGGCAUUAAUGGGGAAAUAGACUCGGUGGACAUCGUGGGUGGAGACCCUUUGGAGCAGUUUUUCAUAGAAAUGUCUGAGGAAGAGGAGUUUGCCAUAAAAGCCUCAGAGUCAUUGAACUGGGACUUAUAUCCCUACGGUUGUAACCUGACUUUACAGGCUAAAGACAAGGGAGCGCCACAGAAGUUCUCUACUGUCAGACUUGUCCACAUUAUUGUCAAGAGACCGCACACAGAGGAAGUUAAAUUUGAGCAGGAGGUGUACGAGGUUAGCCUGAAUGAAAUAUCACCCCCAGGCACAGUUGUAGAGGCUGUUAAAAUCAAACCAGAGCCCGAUGAUGCAGAGUACAUCCUGACACCUUCUGCCGAUUCAGCUUUCUUUCAAAUGAACACCUUAACAGGUGUCGUCUCCACCAAGAGGUGGUUCACUCAAGUGACCCAGAAUGUCUUCAAUCUGGAAGUCAUGGAAUCAGACAGCGAGCUCAGAGUCAAAGUUCGGGUGACAAUUGAGGAUGCCAACGAUAACACACCCACAUUCGCACAGUCCUCCUAUGAGAUUUUUGUGAAUGAGAGUGUGCCCGUCGGGACCAGUGUGUUAACAGUGUCAGCUGUGGACGAGGAUUUGGGAGAAAACGGCUACAUAACCUACAGCAUUUCCAGCCUUCAUCUGUUACCUUUUAGAAUUAAUCAGUUUUCAGGAGUUAUCAGCACCACGAAAGAGCUGGACUUUGAGUCGUCACCAGAGAGCUUUGUGUUCGUCGUCAGAGCGUCUGACUGGGGAUCACCUUACAGACGAGAGAGUGAAGUUAAUGUAACAAUCCACUUGGAGAAUGUAAACGAUAACCAGCCAUUGUUUGAAAACGUCGCGUGCCAAGGUGUGAUCUCACGGGACUUCCCAGUCGAUGAAGUGAUCACCACAAUGUCAGCGAUCGACGUAGAUGAGCUGGAGCUUGUAAAAUACAAAAUCAUUUCAGGGAACGAAUUGGGAUACUUUGACCUGAACCCGGACUCAGGGGUCCUUGCACUACAACAUUCCCUCGCCACAGCCAAUCCAAAGAACAAUGUGUUCAGUCUAAAAAUAACUGCCACCGACGGUGAGAACUUUUCUGACCCUAUGUUUGUCAACAUCUCCAUCGUUCACGGAAAAUCUCCUCCCAAAGGAUUCACCUGUAAAGAGACAAAGGUAGCCCAAAAAUUAGCUGAGAAGUUGCUCAAAAAGUCCAAAGCUAGCACCAAGCCCAAAAUCGAGGAAGGUUUUAUCGAUCUUUUCUCUGUUAAUAGACAAACGCCCCAGUUUGAUAAAGCGUUUCCGACAGACAUUUCAGUGAGGGAAGACCUCCAGGUCGGCUCCAGCGUGUUUCAGGUAAACGCGUUUGACGGAGACACAGGAUUCAACGGUCACAUUCUGUAUGCGAUUUCAGAUGGAAACAUUGACAGCUGUUUCACCAUUAACAUGGAAACCGGCCUCGUUAGUGUCUUUUUGCCCAUGGAUAGAGAAAAGAGAGAUCGUUAUCUCCUCAACCUGACGAUCUUUGACCUUGGCCUGCCACAGAAAACCGCCUGGCGUUUGCUUACAGUCUACAUAGAGGAUGCUAACGAUAACGCUCCCCAGUUUCUGCAGGAGGGAGGCUAUAAAAUUCUCCUACCUGAAAACACAGCCAUCGGUACAGACGUCAUACAGGUUGAAGCCACCGACAAAGACCUCGGAGCCAAUGGGGAUGUUACGUAUUCUAUACUGACCAGCACGACCCAAUUUAGCAUCAACUCCACUAACGGCAUAGUGUACGUUGCUGGUCAGUUAGACAGAGAGUUCGUGUCUACUUUUAACUUGAAGAUCGAGGCUCGAGACAAAGCCGACAGAGGAAGCCAAAAGUUUUCCACCACAACACUAAAAAUCAUAUUGGAAGAUGUAAACGACUGCCCCCCCCUCUUCAUCCCCAGCGUGUACAAGGCCAAGGCCCUGGAGGAUCUGCCAGUGGGAACCGUUGUGGCUUGGUUAGAGACCUUGGAUCCAGAUUUGGGGUUGGGAGGCCAGGUGCGAUACUCUCUUGCAAAUGAUUACAAUGGUUGGUUUGAAGUGGACAAAGCCAGCGGGGCCAUCCGACUGACCAAGGAGCUCGACUACGAGACCCAACAGUUCUACAAUCUCACUGUGAAGGCCAAAGACAAGGGAAGACCGGUUUCUCUGCUCUCCGUCACUUUUGUGGAGGUGGAAGUGGUGGAUGUGAACGAAAACCUCUACACCCCGUACUUCUCCCACUUUGCCCUGUCAGGAUUGGUUAAAGAGAACGCCCGUAUUGGAACUACCCUUCUUCAGGUUACUGCGAACGAUGACGACAGCGGGAGAGACGGUGAAAUCCAGUACUCCAUCCGUGAUGGGAGUGGACUCGGAAGAUUUGCGAUUGAUGAAGAGACGGGAGUGAUCUACACGACUGACAUGUUGGACCGGGAGACCAAGGACUCCUAUUGGCUAACAGUGUAUGCCAGCGACCACGGUGUGGUGCCCCAGUUUGCCACCAUUGAGGUGUUCAUCCAGGUGGAGGAUGUCAACGACAACGCCCCGCUCACCUCGGAACCCAUGUACCGACCCUCGGUGACGGAGAACUCUCCACGAGACGUCUCUGUGAUCCAGAUCCAAGCCCAGGAUCCUGACACCACACCGCCCGCUGCUGGUGAAAAGCUGAACUACCGCAUCAUCAGUGGAAACCCGCAGAACUUCUUCACCAUCAACAGCAGAACAGGUCUGAUUACCACAACCUCCAGGAAACUGGACCGUGAACAGCAGGCGGAGCAUGUUUUAGAGGUGUUGGUGUCGGACGGUGGACCCAGUCCCAGACAGACCACAGUGUGGGUGAUGGUUCAAGUCCUGGAUGAAAAUGACAACAAGCCCACGUUCCCAGAGAAGGUUUACCAGGUCAAACUCGCCGAGCGAGAGCGCAGGAAGAAGGGCGAGCCCAUCUACCGCGUGUUUGCCUACGACCGCGACGAGGGUCCAAACGGCGACCUCUCCUACAGCAUCGUGGACGGGAACGAGGAAGGGAAGUUCUUCAUUGACCCCAAGACGGCGGUGGUGUCGUCGCGCAAAGCCUUUAGCGCGGGGAGCUACGACAUUCUGACUAUAAAAGCAACGGACAACGGCCGUCCUCAGAAGUCCGCCACGGCUCGUCUACACAUCGCGGGGGGCCGGCGCCCCCCCCCCGCCGCUCUGCCUCUUCUCUUCGAUGAGUCGUUCUACAACUUCACCGUCAUGGAGAAUGACAAAGUGGCGGAGAUCGUGGGUGUGGUGACCCUGCAGCAGACCGACGCCCCCCUGUGGUUUGACAUUGCAGGUGGGAACAGCGACAGUGUCUUUGACAUAGAGAAGGCCGUGGGCACCAUCAUCAUCGCCAGACCCCUGGACGCGGAGCAACGAUCCUUCUACAACCUGACGGUGCAGGCCACGGACGGAACCACCACCGCGUUCACACAGGUCCACAUCACUGUUUUGGACAACAACGACAAUCCUCCCGUCUUCUCCCAAUCGACGUACGACGUGACCAUUUCCGAAGAUACUCCGCCCGAUACCGAGGUGGUCCAGGUGUUGGCGUCGGACCGUGACGAGCAUCACCGUCUGACUUACUCUUUGCAGAGCUCCAUAGACCCCAACAGCAUGCGUCUGUUCCGCAUCGACCCCAAUGUGGGCACCAUCUACACCGUCCAGAGGCUGGACCAUGAGGCGUGCGCUCAACACAUCCUCACUGUCAUCGUGAAGGACCAAGAGUUCCCCUACAGGAAGAACCUGGCUCGCGUGUUAAUCGAGGUGGAAGAUAUAAAUGACCAUGUUCCUAUAUUUACAAGUGCGCUGUAUGAGGGCCAAGUGUAUGAGUCAGCAGCAGUGGGAUCAGCUGUGGUCCAGGUAACUGCCCUUGACAAGGAUAAAGGAGCGAACGCAGAGCUACACUACUCCAUUGAAGCAGGAAACACUGGAAACGCUUUCAGUAUCGAGCCAGUUUUGGGUCUCAUCACGGUGGCACGUGACCUGGACCUGUCAAACAUAGGUCAUUACGUCCUCACCGUCAGAGUCACUGAUAACGGCGCCCCGCCGCUCUCUACAACUACUGUGGUGCGCGUCGCUGUCACGCUCUCUGACAACGCUGGCCCGAAGUUCCCCCAGCCCGAGUACCAGGCGGAGAUCUCUGAAAAGGCAAUGAUUGGUACGUCUGUGACCACGGUCAUGGCGGUCAGUCAGUCCACGCUCACCUAUGACAUCAAAAAAGGAAACACCGACCGUGUUUUCCAAAUUAACCAAUACAGUGGAGUCAUUACUACUCAGAACCUUCUAGACUUUGAGACUACGUCGUCCUACACCCUGAUCAUCAGGGCUAGCAACAUGGCUGGCAUGUCGUCCAACGUCACCGUGGUGAUCCAGGUAGUGGAUGAAAAUGACAACCCGCCAGUGUUUCAGCUGCUUCAUUAUCUCGGCAGAAUCAGCGAGGCGGCGCCGGUCAACAGUGUAGUCCUGGACUCAGGAGACUCGCCUCUAGUCAUCAGGGCUACUGACGCUGAUCGGAACCAAAAUGCUCUCUUGGUUUACCAGAUCGUUGAGGAUACAGCAAAAAUGUUCUUCACCGUAGACUCAGGAACCGGAUCCAUCAGAACCAUCGCCAACCUGGACCACGAGACUUUUGCCACGUUUCACUUCCAUGUUCAUGUCAGGGAUAACGGCAGGCCUCAGCUGACAGCAGAGAGUCCGACUGAAGUCACAAUACAAGUGAUCGACACAAAUGACUCGCCACCUCAUUUUACCCAGAAUGCCUAUGAAACAGUCCUGCUCCUCCCCACGUAUGUGGGAGUGGAAGUUCUGCAGGUUUCAGCCGUGGACCCUGACAAAGAUGUUCCCUCGGAGCUAACCUACACACUAACUGACGGAGCACUGGAGUACUUCGCGAUUAAACCUUCCAGUGGAGUCAUCGUUGUCAAAAACAACAAUUUGUCCAAAGAACGUUUCCGCUUUAACGUCAAAGUUUCUGACGGAAAGUUCUCCAGCAUGGCUUUGGUGACCAUUCUGGUCCGAGAAGCUCUGGACUCCGGCCUCAGCUUCAGCCAGAGCCUUUACUCUUCAUCAAUUCAAGAGAACGUGUCAAAUAUCACGAAGGUCGCUGUGGUCAAUGCUGUGGGGAACCGCCUCAACGAACCGCUCAAGUACACCCUGUUGAACGCUGGUACCCGCUUCAGAAUUCGCCCGACCUCCGGAGUCAUCCAGACCACAGGAAUUCCAUUCGACCGCGAAGAACAAGAGUUCUACGAACUGGUUGUUGAGGCAAAAAGAGAGCAUGAUCGCCUUCAUGUGGCCAGAGUUAUGGUUAGAGUUCAAAUAGAGGACAUCAACGAUAACGCCCCGGUGUUUGUGGGACUUCCGUAUUACGCAGCGGUUCAAGUGGAAGCCGAGCCCGGGUCACCCAUUUUCAGGGUCAUGGCAAUAGACAGUGAUAAGGGUCUCAAUGGAGAGGUUUCGUACUAUCUCAUGGACGACCACGGCCAUUUUGAAAUCAGCCGACAGACGGGUCACCUCACCCUCAAGAGGUCUUUUGACUCGGACCUCUCCAACGUGGAGUACCAGAUGGUGAUAUAUGCCAAGGAUGGAGGGUAUCCACCUCUGUCGUCCACCAUUGAGUUCACCAUCACUGUGGUCAACAAAGCUAUGCCCGUGUUUGACAAAUCCUUUUACUCUGUCGCUGUGAACGAAGAUGUGUCUGUGCACACGCCUAUCCUCAGCAUCAACGCCAGCAGUCCAGAAGGUCAGAACAUCAUCUACACCAUCGUUGAAGGAGACCCAUCUCUUCAGUUUGACGUUGGUUUUGACACCGGCGUCAUAAGUGUCAUACACGCCUUGGACUACGAAGCGGCUUCGUCUUAUCAUCUGACCGUCAGAGCCACGGACUAUUUAACCAGCGCUCGAGCCGAGGUUGACGUUGAAGUGAUCGUCCUGGAUGUAAACGAUAAUCCUCCCGUCUUCCAGAAAAUGUCCUACACAGUAGUUCUGUCAGAAACAGCCAUGAUCGGGACUCCGGCGCUCCAAGUUAUUGCCACCGACAGAGAUUCAGAGAAGAACAAUAUCGUUCGCUACCAGUUGUUCUCGGACGCACACAACAGCACCGACUACUUCCACAUAGACAGCAGCAGUGGAUUGAUUCUCACGGCACGUAUGUUGGACCACGAACUCCUUCAGAGGUACGACUUCAUCGUCAAGGCCACUGAUAACGGGUUCCCGCCACUCAGCAGCGAAGUGUCAGUAAAGGUCAUGGUGAAUGACAUGAACGACAACCCUCCCGUUUUCAACCAGCUCCUUUACGAGUCAUAUGUGAACGAGCUAGCCCCUAGAGGUCACUUUGUAACCUGCGUCCAGGCCUCGGAUGCCGACAGCUCGGAUUUUGACCACCUGGAGUACGGCAUUCUGUCAGGGAAUGAGAAGAUGAACUUCCUGAUGAACAAAAAGACAGGGAUCAUCACACUGUCCGGUCACAGAAAGCAGAGGAUGGAGUCGGUCCACAGCCUCAACGUGUCGGUGUCUGAUGGGGUGUUCACCAGCACCGCCCAGGUCCAUGUCAAAGUGCUGGAAGCCAACCUGUACAGUCCAGUGUUUGGGCAGAACAUGUACGAGGCGGAGCUAAGAGAGAACGCAGCUGUAGGAACCAAAGUUCUACAGGUUAAAGCAACAGAUGCAGACCCUGGGACGUACGGUCACAUCACUUAUUCUUUUGUCAACGACGUUGGAAAAGAUCAGUUCAGCAUCGACUCCAUUGGUCAGAUCAGCACCUUGGAGAAGCUCGACCGCGAAGACCCGGCUAACAAGGACAUUGUCCUCACAGUAGGCGCCCGGGACUCAGGUGGACGUGCCUCUUACUGCACCGUCCACAUUACUUUGUUGGACGAUAACGAUAACGUACCACGCUUCCACGCCACAGAGUACAGGGCUUCUGUCAAGUCGGACGUGGCUAAAGGAUUUUUGGUGACACAAAUUCAGGCUCAGGACCCUGACGACGGCACAAAUGCUAAAGUUAAGUACUCACUUUACAGCGAGGCCCACGUCCCGGUGGUGGACAUUUUAGAAAUAGACCCAGACAAUGGCUGGAUGGUGACGAAAGGCAGCUUCAGUCACUUGAGGAAUUCCGUCUUGUCUUUUUUUGUCAAAGCCGUGGAUGGAGGAAAUCCAGUCCGACACUCUCUGGUGUCUGUCUACAUCCACGUCCUCUCCCCGGAGUCCUCCAUUCCUCACUUCAGUCAACAUCAGUAUUUGUUUAGCGUACCAGAGGACCUCCCCAUAGGAUCGGCGAUAGGGACGGUGCGCCUCAACACGCCUCCAGGACAUGAGCCUCUCUCUGCUACCUUUGCACUGGUGAACGGAGAGACUAAAGAAAACAACCAGGACGGUGUGUUGGUGGUGGACAAGAGCACAGGUGUCAUUAAGCUCGAUAAGCCCUUGGACUAUGAAGUCGUCAAAGGGUUUCAUUUUAAAGUCACUGCCACACUACAGCAGGCUAAGCUGGAUUCCGUAAGCACCGUGGAUGUCGAAGUCAGAGUCUUGGAUCUAAAUGACAACAAACCAGCCUUUGAGACCAACUCUUACGAGGCCACGAUUAUGGAGGGAAUGUCGAUCGGAACAAGAAUCAUCCAAGUCCAAGCUGUAGACCCAGACGCCGGGGCCAACGGCCAGGUGACGUACAGUCUCGGGGCAUUGACUCAGUCAGCUGGCGACGCAGAAACACUCGGUCGGACCUUCAGUAUUGACAGUAACACGGGCUGGAUCUCCACACGGAAGGAUCUGGACCAUGAAACUCAUCCUUCCUACACGUUCACAGUUGUAGCGUCAGAUCUGGGGGAAACUCUGUCUCUGUCCAGCACCACCACGGUCACAGUGGUGGUGUCGGACGUCAACGACAACCCGCCCAGGUUCGUGGAGCAGCACUACUUUGGCUCAGUCCAGGAGAGUGAUCCUCCGGGUGAAGUGGUGGCCGUGCUGAACACCAGAGAUGACGACAGCUCGGCUGUGAAUCGACAAGUCAGCUACCACAUCACUGGAGGGAACUAUCGCGGCGUGUUCGCGCUGGGCCUGGUUCAGGGCGAGUGGAAGAUGUACGUGAAGGGUCUGUUGGACCGGGAGGAACGAAACCUUUACAUCAUCAACGUCACUGCCAGCGAUGGACUUUUCGUUUCCCAGGCAACAGUAGAAAUAACAGUGAUGGACGCCAACGACAACAGCCCCGUCUGCGACCAGGCUGUGUACACUGCGUCUGUUCCAGAGGACCUCCCAGUGAACAGCGUUGUGCUGAGGGUUGGAGCCACAGACGCAGAUAUGGGACUCAGUGCCUGGAUUCAGUAUUCCUUACAUGGUCCUGGUUCCCAGCACUUCAGCCUGGAUUCAGAUACUGGUGUGAUCAAGUCGUCCGUGAGUCUGGACCGUGAAACGACACCUCGUUACCAGCUGGUGGCUCAAGCGACCGAUGGCGGUGGGCGGUGGUGUCGCGCUGAGGUGCAGCUGAUCGUCACUGACGUCAACGACAACCCCCCGAUCUUCACCCUGUCACAGUACACCGCCAGCGUUUACGAAGACACCGCCAUUAAAGCGCUGCUCACUCGCAUCCAGGCCAUCGACCCUGAUGAAGGUCCAGGCCGGGUGGUGGUCUACUCCAUGGCCGACUCCGCAGGAGGAACCUUCUCCAUCGAUAAAUCCUCAGGCAUCAUGGUCCUGGAAAGCGUCCUGGAUCGGGAGGUGCAGCCGGCGUAUCAGGUGACGGUGCGUGCUUCAGACCAAGGGUCGCCGUCGCCGCUCUCCUCCUUGGUUAACGUCACCAUCACGGUGCUGGACAUCAACGACAACCCGCCCGUGUUUGAACGCCGUGACCAGUUGGCUACCGUGCCCGAGGACGUGAGCAUGGGCACGGAGGUUCUGAGGGUGUACGCUGCGAGCAAAGACAUCGGAACCAACGCUGAGAUCACUUACAGCAUCCGAUCAGGCAACGAACAUGGGAAGUUCUACAUCCACCCACUGACGGGAGUCAUUUUGGUGGCCCUGCCUCUGGACUAUGAGACCUGUAAAGACUACUUCCUGACAGUGGAGGCCCGUGACGGUGGCACGCCGCCCUUGAGCGCCAUUACUACGGUGAAUAUAAACCUGACGGACGUCAACGACAACGCGCCCGUGUUCAGCCGUGACCUCUACGCUGCCGUGGUGUCUGAAGACGCCACCAUCGGGGACUCCGUUGUCCAGCUGGUGGCAGAAGACGUGGACAGUCAAGUCAAUGGAGACAUCCUCUACUCCAUCGUCAGCGGAGAUCGAGACAACCAGUUCUUCAUUGACCCUCUGAGUGGGGUCAUUAAGGUCAACAAACAGUUGGACCGUGAGAAGGUUCCCAGCUACUCCUUAUCCAUCAGAGCUCUGGACAGUGGAGCUCCGCCCUUGUCCUCCACUGUGAUGGUCAACAUAGACAUAUCUGACAUCAAUGACAACCCUCCCACCUUCUCCCCUGCCAACCUCACCACCGUCAUCCAGGAAAACAAACCGGUCGGUACCACCAUCCUGCAGCUGUCUGUCGUCGACCUGGACUCCUCCCACAACGGCCCUCCUUUCGACUUCCACAUCCUGUCGGGGAACGAGGGCGGAGAGUUUGUGCUGGAGAAUGACGGGACCCUGGUGGCCAACCGGGUGUUCAAGAGAAACCUGGUGACGGAAUACGUCCUCCAGAUACAGGUGACGGACUCUGGGAAACCCAGACUGUCGUCCAGCUCCACGCUGACGGUCCGGGUGAUCGAGGAGAGCCUCCACCGCCCCGUGGCGCUGCCUCUGGAGGUUCACAUAAUCACCAUGGAGGACGAGUUUCCCGGCGGUGUGAUUGGCCAGCUGCACGCCACCGACGCCGACCCCUACGACGCGCUGACCUUCGGCCACGCUCCGCCUGCCCACCGCAGCCUCUUCAAGAUCAGCCCCCGCGACGGGAAGAUCAUCGCCCUGGGUGGGUUGGACGCCGGCAGGUACUCCCUAAACGCCAGCGUUAGCGACGGCCGCUUUGCCGUGCCUGUGCCCGUGAGCGUGCACGUGGAGCAGGCCACGCCGGAGAUGCUGCGAGAGGCGGUGACGGUGCGAUUCGAAAGCGUGUCGCCACAAGACUUCGUGGCGUCGCACCUGAAGAGCGUGCUGAAGGUGCUGCAACACGCGGCCACGUCUCAGGGCCAGGACACGCUGCACCUGCUCAGCCUGCAGCCAGUGGGGGGGACGCAGCAGCUGGACCUACUGGUUGCCGUGGAAACGGUGGGAGGAGGCUACUACAAGGCAGCCUACCUGACCCAGAAACUGAGUGCGUCGCGUCGGCAGCUGGAGGAGGUUCUGAGAGUUUCGGCGAUCCUUGAUAAGAACUGCUCCGGCCUGGAGUGUCGCGGCGCCCAGUGUGAGCAGACCAUCGUCCUGGACUCGCACAACCUGGCCACGUACAGCACGCCACGUGUCAGCUUCGUCUCGCCGCGCUUCCAGCGCACGUCGAGAUGCACGUGUAACGACGCCUCCUGUGCUGUACUUACAGAACAGUGUGAAGACCAGUCCUGUCCCGCAGACAUGCAGUGUGUUUCCGUAGAGGCCACUAGAGGGCGUUACGCUUGCCAGUGUCCACCAGGCAAACUCGGGGAGUGUGCAGGCCACUCGUCGCUGAGCUUCUCCGGGAACAGCUACAUCAAGUACAGACUCUCCGAUCGACUGCAGACUGAACUGAAGCUCAGCCUGAGGAUCAGAACGCUGCAGAGCCGAGGAAUCAUCAUGUACACACACACCGAGCCCUGCACUGUGCUCAAGUUGGAGGACGGGAAGCUGUGGCUCCAGCUGGCCUGUGGCCUUGGCAGUGGAGUGGGCGACAGCCCCAACAUGCUGGGCAUCUCUGGCCGUCGGAUCAGUGACGGCAGCUGGCACACCGUGGCACUGGAGCUCAAUCGGAACUUCAGCAGCCUGGCGCUGGACGACAGCUACGUGGAGCAGCGGCGCGGACCGCCGUUCAUGCAGCCACUCGCUCCGGACAGAACCAUCUUCUUCGGAGCGCUGGUGCAGCCAGCAAACUCUCGCAGCCUCAUGGAUCCCCAGAAGGACCCCCGGGUGCUGGAGGGGUUUCAGGGCUGCCUGGACUCGGUCAUGCUGAACAACAACGAGCUCCCCCUGCAGAACAAACGCACUCAUUACGCAGAGGUGGUGGGACUGACGGACCUGAAGCUGGGCUGCGUCCUCUACCCUGACGCCUGCCUGCAACAGCCAUGUCGUAACGGAGCUACCUGCACCAGCCUGCCCUCUGGUGGAUUCUCGUGCAGCUGUUACCCGCAGUUCACAGGAGGGCGCUGUGAGGUCGAGAUAACAGCGUGCGUUCCCAACCCGUGUCACAACGGUGGCAUUUGUAAACCCAUCGGUAACGCCUUCCUCUGCAGCUGCAGGCGGGGUUUCAAGGGCUUAACCUGUGAGGAAGACGUGAACGAGUGUGAUCGCAGUAAUCCAGAGGGAGAGUGUGAGAACGGGGGAGUCUGCAUCAACACCCACGGCUCCUUCUACUGCAACUGCACCGCGGGCUUCGUGGGCCAGCGCUGCGGGCUGCGACCCGUGGUGGUGCCCAACAUGCAGGCCGGCCACACCGUGGUCGGUAAGGAGGAGCUGAUUGGCAUCGCCGUGGUGCUCUUCGUCAUCGUCACACUCAUCAUCCUCUUCAUCGCAUUCCGCAAAAAAGUUUUCCAAAAAAAUUACUCGCGGAACAACCUGUCUCUGGUCCAAGACCCGGCCACGGCGGCGCUGCUCAACAAAGCCAACGGCGUUCAGUUCAAAACCCUCCACUGCUCGCCCGGAGACCCCCUCAACCUGUACGCUGAGCCUGUUCUGACCGGGGGUGGGAUGAUGGGACCCCCCCAGGUCCCCGUCAGGCCCAUGGCGUACACGCCCUGUUUCCAGGGAGAUCCGCGGUCCACACUGGAGAAGAUGGUGGACGGGCGCAGCGUGGAGCACACGGAGAUGAGCACCUUCCACUCGGAGUCGCCGAGAAUUCUGUCAGGCACCACCAGGAGGGGGGUGGUGGUGUGCAGUGUGGCCCCCAACCUGCCACCGGUGUCGCCCUGUCGCUCUGACUGUGACUCCAUACACAAGAGUCCGUGGGACAGUGAUGAAGGUAAGAUGGUGGACAUGGGAGAGGAGGUCACCUGCUUCUCCGGGAGCAACAAAGGCAGCAACUCUGAGGUCCAAUCACUGAACUCCUUCCAGUCUGACUCCUGCGAUGACAACGCUUAUCACUGGGACACGUCGGACUGGAUGCCCAGUACCCGGCUGUCGGACAUCGAGGAGGUGCCGGGUUACGAGACCGGUCCUCCCCCUGAAGUAGCUCGCUCAGUCUCCCGCCUCGGAGGAAGUACCCGUGAACUGGAGUCAGACUACUAUCUGGGAGGCUACGACAUUGACAGCGAUUACCCCCCACCACACGAAGAAGAGUUCCUGACCCAAGACCAACUGCCACCUCCACUGCCCACGGGUGAGGACUACUCAGAGCCGUACUCGCCCCCCCCAACCAACCCCCCGGUCUCCAAGGAGAGUACCCUGAGCUCCGGAAGCACCGGCCGUCAACAUUCCAGGCAACACUUUCAUCCCAGCCAAUACCUGCCCCCCCACCAGCUGCCACUUGGGGAGCUGCCACACGCGGACUUUAGCGCUGGUGGUUUAACGCCGGGGAACGGAGACACUGAUGACUCUUUGUCGAUAAAUAUUCGUCUGUCUGUCGGAGCGUCGUCGGCAUCAGACAUGUCGGUGCCAGGCGGUCUGGAAGAUUCCGAACGUGGCAGUGAUUUCGACAGUAUGGACGAGCUGCGCCGCGGGGUGACCAUCACUACUGAAUCUCAGCAACAGACUGAAGUGUGAUGUAGGGUCUGGUACUGACCAGCAGGGGCAUAGGAUUGUGGUGGUUUUGAAUGAGAUGCACAAACGGAUGUAACAAAGGGAACAAAGUACUACAGUACAACUACAGUACAACUACAGUACAACUACAGUAGAAAUAGUAACAAGACCAAUUUAAUAGGAGCGAUUUGUAAAGUAAAGUGAAAAGAACGGUUCAGAGAACGUCAGUGAGAAAGACUCCAAUCCAAAAGAGAGGAAUUGACAGAUGUGGUUGAGAAAAUCGAGGAGAAUCGAAUGGAAAAAUAAUGAAAGUGAAAAGAUGAGUUUGUUUCCCUGCUCCUUCACACACGCUCAGUACAAAACAAUUUGAAGAGAGAGAGAAAAAAAAGAAAAAGCCAAUUUCCUUCUGUUUUCCUUCAUGGAUUUGUAAAUUUUGUAGUGUACAGACUUUGUAAAAUAGUACGACUUUUCAGGUGAAUAAGUACGAAACCAUGUUUCCAACGCAUUUCAGACAAACAAUUUCUUUGUUUGUGCUUCGCUCCUGUUCGUAAACAGCCGGCCCCCGUCGAGCCGUGACAUUUUACAGUUGGCUCUCAUCAGCUCACAGCACUGAGUGACAUUGAUUUUUCAUUUUAUUGGUUUCUCCUGGCAGCAUGUGUCAAGGUUCUUUUCAGACUGUAAUUAAUUUGAGAUUACCAGUGUGUCGAUAUAUAACUCUGAAGGCAAACAAAAACUCUUUACGUCGCCUUAGAGUGAUAUAUUUAGUUAGGCGACUGUACUGCAGGCAACAAAUAACAUCAAAAACUGCAUUUCCAAACUGAAAAAAAGAGAAAGAAAAACGUUAAAGUGUAAUU